CCCGGAGCAGGGGCCAGAGCCGCUGCGGCGGGGCGGGGGGGCUGCCCCGAUGAGCCCCGAGUGCGAGGAGCCGCCGCCCCCCCUCGCAGGGCGCCAUGUUUUGGAAGUUUGACCUGCACACAAGCUCGCACCUAGACACGCUGCUGGAGCGGGAGGACCUAAGCCUGCCCGAGUUGCUGGAUGAGGAGGACGUCCUCCAGGAGUGCAAGGUGGUCAACCGCAAGCUGCUGGACUUCCUGCUGCAGCCGCCCCACCUGCAGGCCAUGGUGGCCUGGGUUACCCAGGAGCCACCUGCCAGUGGUGAGGAGCGUCUGCGCUACAAAUACCCCAGCGUGGCCUGUGAGAUCCUGACCUCCGAUGUGCCGCAGAUCAACGAUGCCCUGGGUGCUGAUGAGUCGCUCCUGAACCGGCUCUAUGGCUUCCUGCAGAGCAGUGGCAGCCUCAACCCACUGCUUGCCAGCUUCUUCAGCAAGGUCAUGGGCAUCCUCAUCAACCGCAAGACAGACCAGCUUGUGUCCUUCCUACGGAAGAAGGAUGACUUUGUGGACCUGCUGCUGCAGCACAUUGGCACCUCAGCCAUCAUGGACCUCCUGCUGCGCCUACUCACCUGCGUGGAGCGGCCCCAGCUGCGGCAGGAUGUCGUCAAUUGGCUGAAUGAGGAGAAGAUUGUCCAGCGGCUGAUUGAGCAGAUCCACCCAUCAAAGGAUGACAAUCAACAUUCCAACGCAUCCCAGUCCCUGUGCGAUAUCAUCCGCCUGAGCCGCGAGCAGAUGGUCCAGGUUCAGGACAGCCCGGAGCCCGACCAGCUGCUGGCCACCUUGGAGAAGCAGGAGACAGUGGAGCAACUCCUGAGCAACAUGUUCGAGGGGGAGCGGAGCCCCUCUGUCCUCGUCAGCGGGAUCCAGGUGCUGCUGACCCUUCUGGAGCCCAGGAGGCCGAGGUCCGAGUCCAUGACCAUGAACAACUUCUUCAGCAGUGUGGAUGGGCAGCUGGAGCUCCUGGCCCAGGGGACCCUGGACUGUGCUGUAUCCAGUGUGGGUGCCCUGCAUGCCCUGCGCCCACGGCUCAGCUGCUUCCACCAGCUCUUACUUGAGCCACCCAAGCUGGAGCCGCUGCAGAUGACAUGGGGCAGCCUGGACCCACCGCUGGGCAACACACGACUGCAUGUGGUCAAGCUCCUAGCCAGUGCCCUGAGUGCCAAUGACGCCGCCCUGACACAGGAGCUCCUGGCACUGGAUGUGCCCAACACCAUGCUGGACCUCUUCUUCCACUAUGUCUUCAACAACUUCCUACACGCCCAAGUGGAGGGCUGUGUGAGCGCCAUGCUGAGCUCAGGGCCCCCUCCUGACAGUAGCCCUGAGAUGCCCAUGGAGAACCCUGUCGUGAAACAUCUGCUACAGCGAUGUCGCCUGGUGGAGCGGAUCCUGACGUCCUGGGAGGAGAACGACCGUGUGCAGUCUGGGGGGGGCCCUCGGAAGGGCUACAUGGGCCACUUGACGAGAGUGGCCAAUGCCUUGGUGCAGAGUGCAGAGAAGGGGCCCAACGCGGACCAGCUGGGGCAGCUGCUGAAGGAACUGCCCAGCGAGCAGCAGGAGCAGUGGGAGGCAUUCGUGGCAGGACCCCUGGCAGAGACCAACAAGAAGAACAUGGUGGACCUGGUGAACACCCACCACCUUCACUCUUCAAGUGAUGAUGAGGAUGACAGACUCAAGGAAUUCAACUUCCCGGAGGAGGCUGUGCUGCAGCAGGCCUUCAUGGACUUUCAGAUGCAGCGCAUGACCUCAGCCUUUAUCGACCACUUUGGCUUCAAUGAUGAGGAGUUUGGGGAGCAGGAAGAAAGUGUGAAUGCACCCUUCGAUAAGACAGCCAAUAUCACCUUCUCCCUCAAUGCGGAUGAUGAGAAUCCCAACGCCAACCUGCUGGAGAUAUGCUACAAGGACCGCAUCCAGCAGUUUGAUGAUGACGAAGAAGAGGAGGAUGAGGGAGAGGGCCCAGGCUCAGGGGAGUCCGAUGGAGAGGACAGUGCCUGGCAGAGCAGCCAGCUGGCAAGGGGGGCCCACCUGGGCCAGCCCCCUGGUGUCCGGAGUGGAGGCAGCACAGACAGUGAAGAUGAGGAAGAAGAAGAGGAUGAGGAGGACGAGGAAGGUGACAGCCGGGCAGCCCGUGGAAAGCCCACCCAUCCCUCCUGUCCCAGUCCUAUCCCUCAGCCCUCAGGCCCAAGCUGGACAGCCACCUUUGACCCAGUGCCUACAGACACCCCAGCUGGCCCCUGUAUCUCCAGAGAAGAAGAGCUGCGCUCUGGGCCCCCAGCCCCACAGGGGCCCCCCAAUGUGCCCCAAGGCCUCCCCGCCCAAAGCCUGGCCUGCCCUCCAGCCCAUGAUGCCCUGCAGCUCAGGUCUCAGGAGCCCCUGCUCCCCUCAGCACCUCAGGAAGCCACAGAUGGCAGCAAAGUAGCGGAGCCCUCAGCCCCCUGCCAGGCCUUGGUCAGCACUGGGGACAUCCAGGCCACCUUCCACGGGAUUUGCUCCAUCCCCAGCUCCUUGGACAGUGCAACCAGAGACCCCUCUACCUCUGUCCCAGACCCUGGGGCCCCCCAGACCACAGAGGGGGAGAAGAGCCCAGAGCCCAUGGGGCCUCCCCAAAGCCAGAGCAGUGCCCUACAGUCUCCUUCGAUGCCCAGUGGCUCCACCCCAAGAGGGCCCGUGUCUCUGGGCCCCCAGUAGCUGCCUGCCUGUGGUGGCCGGAUCCUCCGUCCUUCUCAUGGAUCUCCUGGGUGGGGGCAGGGCGGGUCUCUCAUGGCCCCCAUUGCCCUCAUCACCCCAACCCCACAUUCUCUCCUCUGGACUCCCGGAAGGCUGGUGCCAGGGAGGCCCCCCAUUUGCACUGAGAAGAGAAGUUUGGGAGCAUUGCCUCCUAAAAUAAAGAUAUAGAGUCAAAUAGAGAGAGCAGAGAGAGAGGCGUAUAUUAUAUAUUAUGCAGAGAGGGAGGAGGCACAGGAGCCAGGGUGUGUACUGGGCCCUGCUCCAGAGCACCCCCUUCCUGUCCUGUCCCAGCAGGGGCUGGCGUUGGCAUCGCACCCCAUGCUGUGGUGCAGACGCCCACAUUGGCCCUUCAGCUCAGGUCCACCUUGGGGGAAGGCCCAGCGAAGUGGGGGCAUCAGAGGAGUUUGAGUUGGGGCUGUGCCUUUGCCCAGACCCUGCACUUCACCCAGGCCAGCCAGCUCUGGGGAGCAGGGCCUCAUGAGAACAUCCCCCGGGGCCCUGAAUCGGGGUUUAGCUGGGUUUCCCUGCGUCCCAAGGGCCUGGGGUCCCAGCCCCAAUGCCAAGUGGCCUUGUCCCAGCUCCCUCCUCCCAGGUUGGUGUGAGUGUGUGUGCGUUCGUGCCGAGCUUCUAUUUCGUAUUGCAAAUAUAAAUAAAGGAAGACAGUUUAUGAUG